GUCUCAUGUUUUUACAUAUAAAAGAGCACCCACCAAAACACAGCAAAAUUGAUGAACCUUCUCCAAUGCAAUUUUGCUCUCAAAAUCCACACGCAAUUCAUGCUUCAAGAUUUACGGUUUCCAAAGUCAUGUUGGAACAUGCGACAAUGCCACAGUUGUCGAUUCAAAUUAAUGGGACACAACAAAACCACCACAACUUACAUGACAUCUUAGUUCUUAGGGCAGAACCCAACAGCUGGUUUAGUUCGAAUGUUGGAGCAUUUGUUAACUACUUGGCUAGUCGAAUGAUUGUUCCAAGCCAGUCAUCAGGUAUGACUUCUUUAAGCAGUCCUUUCAGAGCCCUCUCUGAGUGGUUUGUUGCUGCCUGCAUAACAUCAAUACCCAAUUUAGCUAUCAUAGCAGCUUCUGAAAUUUUGGUGACCAUGCCACCCGUCGCUUCAACACUGACCAGGAACCGUCUUCACGCACAGCUGUGGGUGUUUCAGGUCAAGCAUUACCAUAUUCAAAACGAGUGGCCAAAUGGUGUGAUCAGAUACUCACAGAUUUCCUUAAGGAGUGUGGCACCAGGUUCUGUUGGAGGGCGGUCAUACACUCCAAAAACAUCUGUC